CUUUUUGUCCAAGUGUUACACUUUUGUUAUUGAAGAAAUGGAGAAUGAGAAAAGCAUUCACUUGAAAUCCGGAACCCCACUAACUAUUGUCUGUGCAGUGCAUCCAUAAAGGGUUCUGUGCAGAAUGCAAACAACUUCAACUACAAUUUUGAAGAAGAAAACAUGGAAACAACACUCAUGUGCUUUCGCUAUUAUUUGUUCAUAGCAAUUUGUUGCUGCUUUGGCAAUUAUGUACAUGCUAUUGAAUCACCCAAGUAUACAGUAAUACAAUCAGAAUCAGAUUUUCAGAUCAGACUCUACAAUGAAUCCUCAUGGAUCUCUGCUCCAUCUUCCGGAACUAAUUCAUUCGAGCUUUCCACAAAAGCCGGAUUUCACAGGUUGUACCAAUAUAUUCACGGAGCGAAUUUAAAUUCUUCCAAACUCGCAAUCACUGCUCCAAUCUUAACAAGAAUUCCUUCAUCAGUAUCAUCUGAGGUUGGCUAUAGUGUAAGAAUGUACGUAUCACCUCACUUUCAAGGGAAGCCUCCACAGCCAAAUCCCGAACUGAAGUUGCAACUUGAGAAAUGGAAAUCUCAAUGCAUAGCAGUUAGAAAAUUCAGUGGAUAUGCAAAGGAUGAUAACAUAAACAAAGAAAUUGAAGCUCUUGUUAGUAGCUUAAACAAGAAGUUAGAUAAAACAUCAGAAAUAGUACAUGAUGCAAGCUCGUAUACCGUUGCUCAAUACAAUGCAUCUUUUCGUGAUACUGAGCGGGUAAAUGAGGUGUGGAUAAAUGUGUCAGGAUUCAGAACUGAUUGCUGAGAGUAUAGUCCAGAUUCUCAGUAUAUAUUGUUAGUUCAAUUUAAAAUAAUGCUCCUAGCUACUUGAAAUAUGCCUAGUGUUUAUUAUGAAAAAUGAUAGGGUGUACACCGCAGGGGUAAACUUUGUGUAGAUCAAUAACAUUAUCUCAUCAACCAUUACUGGACACCUAUUUGAAUUUGAAGGAAUCAUUUCAA